CUUGUUUCCCCGAACUGUUUUGCAGUUGCACCAGCAUGGCCCCACUCCUCUGACAGCUGUAGACCCGUGACCGCUGGGAUGAAAAUGUGUAAUUUUUGACCGUGAAACGUUUGUGUUAGAGUUUCGUGUUGAGGUCCUGGGUCCGGUUUUGGUUGUUAGCCAUGGCUCGGGUUGUGAAAGUGUUCCGGACUCUGAGGAAUCACUGGAAGAAGUCCACGUUUGCGGUGUGUGUGGCUUCAUACGGAGGCUACUGGCUGUACGGGAAACACAGGUGAGCUCCUGAGCUGAUGGGACAGGUACAUGAACAGAUCACAGACUUGAUUUUAACCCUUUUUUUUUCUUUUAGUGAUAACGUCCUGCGCAGAGAGGCUUGUGUCGCUGCAAGGGUGAGAAUCAUUUUACUCCUGAUGUUUCAGUUAAAAAAAAAACAACAUCCUGGGACCUACAACUGGGUCAAACACACCAACAUAAGUAAACAACAUAUGAAGGCAGUAUGAAUGCCAAUUUCAGAGAGAGUUCACUGUUACAGGUUCAAGUUUUGUGCAUAUGGAAUAAAAACUGCCUCAAAAGUUCGUUCAAAGGCUCUUUAUUUAAACAAAUCCUUAAUAAAUAUAAACCCACUGUCUUCUCUCUCAGGAGUUUGGGCGUCAGCUGAUGGACCCACAGGAGAGGCUGAGGAAAGCAACAGUGAUCUUAAACCCUGCAGCGUGUAGCGGGUACAGAAACCUCCCACAGUUUUGUUAAGACUCCAGACUCGGGUUUUAUCAGAGUAACUCCAAAUUCCUUUCUAUUCCAGGAAAGCAAACAACCUAUUUGAGAAGAAUGCUGCUCCUAUUUUACACCUGGCUGGUGUGGAAGUUACAAUAGUGAAGGUGUGUUCAUAUUUAAUGUUACCUAUCAAUGUUACAUUUGUUAAAAAUGUCCUCCUAAUACUUGAAUUCGUGACGUUCCUCUACAGACUGAUUAUGAGGGCCAGGGGAAAAAACUGAUGGAGUUCAUGGAGCCGACAGACAUGCUGAUCGUUGCUGGAGGAGAUGGUACGCUGCAGGAGGUCAUCACAGGUCUGCUGAGAAGGCCAGAUCAAGUAAGAGUCACUUGAUUGUUUUACUCUUCAGACCCACAAGAAGAAGAACAUGAUCCAAAACUUUUAUCAGCUGUUCACUGGUGGAUCUUUUAUUACUACAGGACACAUUCAGCAGCACUCCAAUCGGAUUCAUUCCUCUCGGCUCUCACAACUCUCUGAGUCCAAGUCUUCAUCACCUCACUGAUAACAAAGUCAAGUGAGUAUCCCGGAAAACUUAAACAGUCCUUCAGUGUUGUGCUUGAUUGAAUAUUUCUUCACCGUCUUCGGUUCUGUUUGUACAUUUUGAAAAAAGAAUAUGAACAUUUAUGGAUCAGUUUGUGGCCGUAUUUCAGUGAUUGUAUUUUAGUAGAACAAAAAACAUUUAAAAAGAUUUACCAUUAAAAAAAAAUGAUAGAGGAAAAAACAACAUUAUAGAUGUGUGGGAUUUGCAAAAAUACAUGCAACUUUAUUUAUUUAUUUUUGAUGCACUGAUUUUAAACAUAGCCGUUUUGCACCUGAAGAAGAUUUGUGUGAUUAUCAUAUUUCAAUCAUGCAGAAGCCUGUGGUAAUAGAUUGAGUUAAAAUCUCAAAAUAUAUCUUAAAAGAAGCUUCUCUCUGCCAAAUAGCAUGCCAAUUGUACUGCCAAUGAAAAAAUGAUAACAUACUGGUGUCCAAAUGUGCCCAAAGGAGCCCUGAGGAUUGGAAAAACAUCCUCUGAUAAACUGUGUUGGACAUGUCUGAUUAAGUUGUCGCUUUUUUGAUCAUUUUCAGAGACAUUUUAUCAGCGACUCUGUCCAUCCUGAAGGGAGAAACCGUACCUUUGGAUGUACUUCAAAUCAAAGUGAGAAACUGAUCCUUUUACAAAUCUGUGAACCCUCUUUGCUCCUUCUCAUGCCAGUAUUUGUUUCCAGAUUAAUUCCAGAUCACUUAAGAUAUAUAUAUAUAUUUUAAACUUUUAAACAUGCAAGUUUCCUCCAAAUGCACCAUUAAAUUACACUGUUGUGAAAGAUAAUCAUCAUAUCUAUUCAGUCCAGUGAGAUUUCAUAUGACAGCAUUUGUUUUUGUUUCAUAGGGGGAGAAAGAUCAGCCAGUCUUCGCUCUGAUGGGACUUCGAUGGGGCGCUUUUAGAGAUGUGGCUGCAACAAUCAGCAAGUAAGAUUCAGCAUUUGAUCUCUCAGAUAGCUCUGGAUAAAUCAUGAAAUAAUUCCCCUCACAAAAAAUUCACUGAUUCUCUCCUCAGAUAUUGGUAUCUUGGACCACUGAAGAAAAACGCAGCACAUUGGUUUAGUACUCUCCGGGUAAGGCUGUAAACUUUUAGUCAUAGUUUCUGCAGCUGUUUCUAAAUGGUAAGGGGGAGAUGUGGGGGGCUCUAGUGACUUAAUUUUUAACUUUUGCCACUUAUGCUCGUACAUGCAUUUGAUUUAAUUUUGAACAUUUUUGAACUGAGAAACAAACUUUGCUUGGCUGUAGUUGAAACACUAAACACUUUGCAGAUGUCACAGGGCUAUUCCUGUACUUUUAAUGUUUCUAUCAUCUUUCUAGUUUGUCAUCUUCUUAAACUGUGUUCAUAUCUCUCAGGAGUGGCCCCUGGUCCGAAGCGUCUCCAUAUCCUACACAGCCCCAACCCUCCGGCCUCCAGACCAGCCCCCUCAGAAACCCCCCAGACCCAACCUGCUCUACCGUAUUGUCCGCAGGCUGAAGAACUACUGGAACCCUCCAGUCGAAGGUAAAACUGUGAGUCAAAGUGUUGAUCUAUGGAUCCCAGCAUAGCAGAGCUACAUCAGAGAAAUGUUGUUUUGUUUGUUCAUUCAGAGCCUCCAAAAGUGGAAGAGCCAGAGAAGUGGGAGGAACAGCAGCUGUCGACCUUGGAGCUGUUCGUUCAAACACAGAACAAAAACCCGGUGCAGAGGGUCAGUCCAAAAAAAAGAGAUUUAUCGGUUCUCGAUGGGAGGAAUGAAGUUGUUACGGCAGCUUGUGAAAAGAAAAAAUUGAACAUAAAGAGUGAAAAAGUGAUGGAAAAGAAAAGAGCAAGAAGCAGACAAACGGGUCAACAUAGAUGUAAACACUGAUAAAAACUGAACACACUGUGCACUGCGGUGCUCUUAUAGUUUGGUACGCUAAGAGUCCCCUCUGGUAAAACAAACAGUUUGAAGCGGAUUGGAUUCACAGUGACUGGACUCUUUUCUCUGAGGUCUCUUCUAGUUAUUCACCAAAUAGAAAGUCAUUAAGAUUAUCCACCUUGGAGGAGUCAAUAUUAGAAGGGCCUCGUGUCCUAACCAUGUCGAAACUGCUCCUAGUUCCUUGUGAAUGAUUUUUCACCAUUGCAGCAGCAUUGGGGGUGGGCCAUUAAGCUUUAGUGGGGGGACAACAAGCAUCUUAAGAAGAUGCGUCUCAUCAAACUUAAGUGCAAUCGUUAUCUACUGAGUGUGUUUACAUGGACUGGACUGUAAUGCUAUUACAGUGAUGCUGUAAUAGCAUUGUGAUGCACUUCCCUGCAUUUAAUAAAGCUUUCUGUUUGUCUUUUAAAAUUUUGACCUACCUGAUUAAUGUGAGAUUCAAUGGGGAUUGUUUUCCUUUUUGACGUUUGCAGCGGCUUCAUGAUUCCCUGAUAAUCUGUGCAGAACCUGAUGACUUCACUGUGAGCGAGUUCAUCACCGUCGGGUUAGUCGCUUUUAUAUUUUUUAUGAGUCUGCUGAAGAGAACAGUGCCAUAGCAAUGUUGUUCAUUCAGUUUAUUGUCAUGUAAAUUCAAGAAAACUGAAUUUUCUCUAUUACAGAAAUAAAAAAGAAGAGGACCCAGCUUUGUUCACUAAAGGCUCCACAAAAGUGGAAGCCAGCGCCUGUCAGCUGCAGCUCCCAGAGGUGAGGAACCCUAAGAUACUUGUUUUUUUUUUUUUUUUCAUGAGUCACUCAAAAGAGAUAAAAACUAUGUUGCUCUGCUUAACCCCCGCAGGAUACUGGAGGAUUUUACAACAUCGACAAUGAAGCGUAUGAGGCCAUGCCCGUAGAGAUUAGGCUGCUGCCGAGGAAACUACGAUUCUUUAUUAGUGCAGAGCGGAGAGAGCAGCUCCUCUCACAGACGCAGUGAUGGAAGAAAAACAGACUGAAAACAGAGACAAGGACAGCAGAACAAAUGCUGGUGUCAAGAGAGAGAGAGAAAGAGCCAAAUACCACGAGACUCUGACGUGGAUUUUGGGUUGGGCAGUGGUUUUAAAGUCAAGAUCUCAUGAUUUAUUAGUUUUUCUACACCUGAAAAGAGCAGAAAUAUUGAGCUGUGGCUCUUUUAAACAUGGUGCUGAAUGUGAAAGGACCAAGGCUUUGUUUCCAUGUGCAGGUUGUCUUACUUUACGUUUACAGAAUGAAUUACACUCAUACAUUUGAACCUGGUCAAUAAAAUAACGGCUGUCAAAUCAAACUCUGCAUGUUUUUACUUUUGAUCUUUGGCUAAAUUUGCCUCGUUUGGAAAAGGAGCACAGAAAUUUGUCUUAAGUGUUGUGGUAGUGGAGAAGGUUAUACAGAGAAAACUGUGAAUGUAUUUUUUCCAAAGUUGAUAAAUGAUAAUGAUUAUGCAGUUAUGUGCUGUUUCAUCCCUAAGGAUAUAAGUAGUUAAGGGAAGUUGGAGGUGUUUAAGAUGAAUGACCAAGGGAUGAUAAAUAGAUGCUGCAGAGCUCUGAAUGGUUUCCAAGUCCCUAUAAUCUCAGUAAAAGAGUAUGAAAGAGUCUCUGGAAAGGCAGAGUCUGAUCAGAUUAAUAGUGAAGCAAAAAUUUGCAGGAUUGAACAAGAAGCUGUUUCUGGUCUCACUGGUCAGGGCUGUAAAAAUAUUUCAAUAAAACACAAUACUUUGCACAA